GCCCUUCCAUAUCUGAGAAACCUACAUGGCUCAUCAUGGGGAGAGAUAACCGGGACAAUGGGGCCACCGUCUUACCAAGCUACCCCAAGCCGAGGGUGUAUGGCGACACCGUCAUAUCAUGUCGUCCCUUCCCCAGCGAAUCAGGGUAUGGUGUAGGUGGAAUCAUAAAUAUAGCAUUCAUACGUCUCUGUCGUCAAAUGAGGAAUGAGGGUGGGCCAUCACGACGCUUUCCAAUGCAAUGCGUUGAACAAUGGAAUACGAAACUAGCAAGAAUAACGGCAGGUGCGGGACGCUGCUACUUAGGAACGCGAGUACUUGCCCGGAGCGGUGCCCGGUGCCGUGUUGCAAUCAAAUCUUUCGGAAAGCCGCGAUCACCCUUCACGAUUACGAGAUGCUGCAUCCCUGCAUGGUAUAAAACCAUGUCUUCGCCCUACCUCGAGUUUGCCUCCCCAAAGAACUAUGUCUACGCCAGUGAAGACCUAUCCAUCACUUUCGCGCUCUGUACCCAUCUUCUCUCACUCAAUAUUCACCCAUUUGUUGACCAAAGAUGGCGAACUCAUCGGAGGACAUGCCCCAGAGCUACCCGCGUUCACUGAUGCGCCCUCAGGAACGACGAUAAAUCGUAGACAACUGAGAGACUUCAGUCUCUCCCUUGGGCAUGGUCUCAAGAACUUAGGCGCGAAACGCGGAGAUACCGUCCUCGUGUUCUCGCCCAACUCGCUGAAUUAUCCCGUUAUUCUUCUCGGAGCUAUUUCUGCCGGCCUUCGCUGCACCCUUGCAAAUAACGCGUAUACGAGCCAUGAACUUGUUCAUCAGUACACUGACAGCGGAGCCCAUCUCGUUUUCUCGACAGAAGAUGGCCUUCCGACUGUUCGUGCGAUGUUCAAGGAAAUUGGUGUCGGUAAAGAGGGCGAGAAACGGAUCAUCGUGCUCAGCAACAGCUUGGCCUGGGCUGGCGGACCGGACGCCGCUAGCACGCCUGAAUCCGCAGGACUUCCACGCAUGGAGGACCUUCUUUCGAGCGGCUCUUUGGAAGAGGAGGAGAAAUUCGACGGGGAUCUCGCCCAUGAAACUGCAUUCCUGUGUUACAGUUCCGGAACCACAGGGAAACCCAAGGGUGUAGAGACAACACACCAGAAUCUCACCUCUGUGGUUGACAUCGUCAACGAAUCGUAUCCCCAUGAAAUCGGCGGCUCAAUGCUCGGUUUCCUCCCUUUCUAUCAUAUAUACGGCUCUGUCAUGCUUCUUUUCCUGAAUAUCAAAAUGGGCGAUCCAUGCUACAUCAUGCCUCGUUUCGACCCCGUGCAGUUCUGCAGCAAUAUCCAGAAGUAUAAAAUACCUGUCGUGCUUGUUGUUCCGCCAGUGCUCGUCUUCCUUUCUCGGCACCCUGUGGUGCAAAAAUUCGAUUUCUCUGCGCUCAAACUUUUGAUUUCCGGGGCAGCGCCGCUGGGUCCUGACUUGACGAAGCAGGUCACUGAGCGCUUCCGUUCCAUGGACGUCGACGUUGCGGUUGUGCAAGGUUUCGGCAUGACGGAAUCUUCGCCGACGACACAUCUACUCCCGAUGGCCGACGCUGAGAAGAAGACUGGUAGCAUCGGUGUUCUGCUCUCGAAUUUAGAAGCGCGUUUGGUGGACGAAGGAGUCGAUGCUGAGGAGGGUAAGCCCGGAGAACUCUGGAUUAAGGGACCAACUAUUAUGAAGGGAUACCUCAAUAACGAGGCCGCGACAAGACACACUAUAACGGAGGACGGAUGGUUCAAGACCGGCGAUGUUGCAAUCAGAGAUAAAGAAGGCCACUUCUUCAUCGUCGACAGGGUGAAGGAACUGAUCAAGUACAAGGGUUUCCAAGUUCCUCCUGCUGAGCUGGAGAGCGUCCUGUUGGGUCACCCCGAAGUUGCAGAUGCUGCCGUCAUUGGUGUGUACGACCAUAAGGAGGCCACCGAGCUCCCCAGGGCCUACGUCGUCCAUGCGCAACCCCAUAAAGUCACUACCGACGAGCUUAAAGUUGCGUUUGGUCAAGAGGUGGCGAAAUCUAUCGAAUCAAAGGUUGCUAAACACAAGUUCUUGCGUGGAGGUGUUGUCGUUAUCGACGUCGUUCCUAAAAGUGCUGCGGGAAAGAUACUCCGACGGGAGUUACGCGAGCGGGCAAAGGUAGAACUAGCGAAUGGCAUCGGGGCUAUGAGCCCUUGCCCACCCUGUUAAGGCGGACGAAUUAUU